CUGUCUCUUCUUUCAACACUCUUUGAACCAAAAAGGGCACUCAAACACCCACUUCUUGUGGUGCUAAAACACACCAAAAAUAGAGAGCCAUGACCAAUGCCACCACCACUACAACUACAAAUCCCCCUUGGGUUAAUAAGCCCAAAUUGAGCAGUCUUAGAAGAAUGGGUUGUUCUUGGAGUCACCUUUCAUUUUCACCCCAAAAGCCCAGCAGUCAAGAAUUGAGAUUGAAAAUUAACUGCUCUGCUCAAUCUGUGCUCCAUUUCCCAAAGCAAUCUUCUGCUCCUCCCACUGUUCCAACUUCCAAUUCAACUGCCAUAACUACCAUUUCUUGCCCUAAAGAAGCCAAACCUGAUUCUUGGUUUUCCGGCGGGUGGAAUUUGGUGCAGAGAGCUGCAGCGGCGGCGUUGGAUGCGGUGGAGGGAAAGCUAACAGAGCAUGAACUCGAACACCCUUUGCCGAGAACGGCCGACCCACGAGUCCAGAUCGCCGGAAACUUCGCGCCGGUGCCGGAGCAGCCAGUUUGCCAUUCACUUCCGGUGGCCGGAAAAAUCCCGGAGUGCAUAAACGGAGUCUACGUCCGGAACGGGGCGAACCCGCACUUCGAGCCCGUCGCCGGCCACCACUUCUUCGACGGCGACGGGAUGGUCCACGCCGUCAAUUUCAAAAACGGCGCCGUUAGUUACGCCUGCCGGUUCACGGAGACCCAGAGGCUAGUCCAAGAAAAGGCGUUGGGUCGACCCGUUUUCCCCAAAGCCAUCGGAGAACUCCACGGCCACUCCGGGAUUGCAAGAUUAAUGCUUUUCUACGCCCGCGGCAUCUUCGGCCUUCUCGAUCACAGCAAGGGCACCGGCGUGGCAAACGCCGGCCUAGUUUUCUUCAACAACCGAUUACUCGCCAUGUCGGAAGACGACAUCCCCUACCACGUCGCCAUCACCCCCGCCGGCGACCUGAAAACCGUGGAAAGAUACGAUUUUGACGGGCAAUUAAAAUCCACCAUGAUCGCCCACCCCAAGCUCGACCCAAUCUCCGGCGAGCUUUUCGCUCUCAGCUACGACGUCAUCCAAAAACCCUACCUCAAAUACUUCCGGUUCUCCAAAACCGGGUCAAAAUCCCCGGACGUCGAAAUCCCGGUGCCCGACCCGACAAUGAUGCACGACUUCGCCAUCACCGAAAAUUUCGUCAUCGUCCCCGACCAGCAAGUGGUGUUCAAGAUCUCCGAGAUGAUCCGCGGCGGCUCGCCGGUGGUGUACGACAAAAACAAGGUUUCCCGGUUCGGAGUACUAAACAAGUACGCUAAAGACGCAUCGGAGAUGAAAUGGGUCGAAGUUCCCGACUGUUUCUGCUUCCAUCUCUGGAACGCUUGGGAAGAGCCCGAAACCGAUGAAAUCGUGGUAAUCGGGUCGUGUAUGACCCCACCGGAUUCCAUUUUCAACGAAUGCGAUCAGGGGCUAAAAAGCGUCUUAUCAGAAAUCCGGCUAAAUUUGAUGACCGGAAAGUCCGUAAGAAAACCCAUAAUUCAGACCCCCUCAGAGGAGGUCAAUUUGGAGGCCGGAAUGGUAAACAAAAACAAGCUAGGUCGGAAAACCAGGUACGCAUAUUUAGCCAUAGCAGAGCCAUGGCCCAAAGUCUCCGGGUUCGCAAAAGUCGACCUUUUCGCCGGCGAGGUCAAGAAAUUCAUCUACGGCGACGAAAAGUACGGCGGCGAGCCUCUUUUCCUCCCCAAAAGCGCCGAUUCCGAGGCGGAAGACGACGGCUACAUCUUAGCCUUCGUGCAUGACGAGAAGACAUGGAAAUCCGAGCUGCAAAUCGUGAAUGCACAGACCCUUCAUCUUGAAGCCUCUGUGAAGUUGCCAUCGAGAGUCCCUUACGGUUUCCAUGGCACAUUUAUCUCUGCCAAUGAUCUGUCCACCCAGGCCGUGUAAAAUACAGAGUUUCAGAGCAAUAUUGCCAUGGCAGGGGAGACUUACCAGAGGGAUGAUUAUACAUCCCCGGAAUCUCCCCUGUUCCAUAAUUUUCUUGUUUUUUUUUGCCAUUUUGAGUUUUUUUUUUUGUUCUUAGACACCAGUUUGUAGCUCUGUGGGUGUAUUUACAAUGGGAGCUCAGCUGGUUUCUGCUUAUUAUUGUUACAUUCUGCAUGAGAGUGAUGAGUAUAUACUUGUAGGAAUUAAUGUGCAUUGAAAUGAUCUCUACUUCUUUGUAAUUCCAUGCACUUGUAUAGUUGUAUUUUCAACAAGUUAAUAAUGUUCAGUUUUUGACUUUGGUGAUU